AUGGAGGAAUGCCGCCGCCGGGAAGAGGCUCACGUGGGGUGCACGCUGGCGGCACUCAUGGCGGGCUUCACGCUGCUGCUGACGGGCCUCGGGUUCGCCUGCGCCGCCACGGCCCACGUCGCGCUGGUGCGCCACCAGGUUCACGGCGGCUCCGCCGUGUUCCUCUACAAGGCCGUCCGCUGGGCGGGGCUCGCGGUGAUGGGGCUGCCCUACGUCGUUGACCUGCUGCUCCUGGUCUUCCUCAUCGCCCUCCGUUGCCGCCGCCGUCCAUGCCCGCCCGCUGCCGCGGCGAAGGCGGCGCUCGAUGCCGGAUACCGUCCCCGCCCGGCGGCGGACCGCGUCGACUGGGACGCCAUCAGAGCCCCCACCUACGAGUACCUGGCCGAAGUCGUUCGUAUUCUUUCGAGAGAAGACCAUGUCGCUGAAGCUUCCCCGAUUGUUUAG